CAGGUUACCACAGCUUGCCGUCUUAGCGAAGAUUUUGUGCCUACUGAUGGUGGUGAUGUGCGGGGCGGUGCCGGCAAUGGUGCGCUCCGUGAGUCUCUACUCGACUUGCAGCAGCGGGAACAUUACAGUGAUUGGCCGAAAUGUCAAAGCAUCUGCGCGCGACCAAGAUAAUGCCCCCUAUCAAAAACUCACGACGCAAUCAGACGACUUUAGUAGGAAGUUGUAUAUCUUCGCUGAAAAAUCUCAACGGUUUAUUUGCUUCAAUAAACGCUGGAAACCCAUUGCUUUGCCUAAAAAACAACGUGAUGCAAUGUGUCAAUUCUACGAGACCUACAACGGGCCUUACCUGCGGUACCGCAGCGCUGUGGACCCUACGAAGUACCUGGGGUUCAACAAGUACGGUCGACCAAUAAAGGGGCAGCGUGCGCGGCCAGAGUGCUACAAUUUCAUGAAGUACAACCCGAGCUUCAGUAUAAACGACCACAACGAUUGGAUGACUGGAAAUACACGCGUGCGCGAACUUCACAAGCCCCCCCACCCUCAUCCUCACCCUGAGCACGCGCACAAAGAGCCACUGCGGGUAAAAAAGACUAAAAAGUCCCCGCGUAGGCAAAAUUUAAAUUCUAAUUUCGAGUCGAAACAAGACUUGGAUGUCUCGGAUCCGCCGCAGCGUGACAUGUCACGCCCUCUGGAUUUAUUUGAAAAAAAUCCAGAUGAAUUUUUGCGACCUCCGCAAUUUCUCGAGCCGGAGUUUUCUUUGAAAAAAAAGAAACUUCUUUUGGAAAGGGAUGUUAUUACGUACCAGAGGAACUCCGAGCUGGAGAUGGCGCGACAGUCGAGGAAAAACCACCUCCAGGAGCCCCACCGUCAUCGACAUACGAGUCGCGGGAAGGGAAAGUCUGGAGAUACGCGGACUAGGCGCCACCGUCUGCCCGCGAGCAAGUAUUAG